AAAAAAAAAAAAAAAAAAUCCAAACCAAGUUCCCUAAUUUUCAAUGGCGAAUGUUUCUGCUGCCUGUUCUGAUGCUUUAUUAUUUUUAAUAGAAUGAUUUUGAAAAACAAAAUGUGUAAAACACUGGUAAAUGCUGUGUAAUUGUGUGCAAUAUUCCUUAGAGCUUUGGUCAUGAAAAACAAGAAAUAUCUGAUUAACCUAAUGAAAUUUGGGGUCAGAAACUAAAUGCCCAAACAGCUAGGAAAAUAAUUUAAAGAUGGGGAAUAUUACUUGUUACUGUAUGGCAUCACAUAAUUUUGCUUUGUUUGCCCAAUACAGGUGCCCUGCAUUGACUGGAUUUUUUUUUAUUCUGGCUCUAUAUAUAAAUGUUGGGAGAAUUCCUUUGCUUAAGAUUUCUUGAUAAUUUAGGUUGUUAGAGUCUUGGCAGCCUCCUUACUUUAAUAGUGCCAAUGUAAUUUGUGGUAUAACCUGAGUAUAUAUUUGUUGAUUUCUUUUAGAUCUUUUUUUCUUGGGUAUUUUAACUUAUUUGCUUUUGAUCUUGAACAUUAGAGAUACUAUUUGAAGAUCCUUGAACAUAUGCUUGUUACACACAUUCCAAGAUACAUAUUUCAAUACAUAUGUGUACUUCUAUAUGUACUUCAAGUCUUUAGUACAUAUUUAUAGGACCACGUGCAUAAGUCUACAUCUAUUACUAAAUCUUAUGCCCUGGCCUAGUUUGGUCCUUUGUCUAAUAACAUGUCCGGAUGAUCCAUAUCACCUUAAAAUUAAUGAAACAAAAUAGUGUGAAAUUGACAAAAUACAGGGGUAGAUGGUAAUAACCUCAAUGCAUUCAUGGAGCCAGGAAAUCAUCACCCCUAUCCUUCUCCAACCUUUUCUCUUUUCCCCCCCUUUUCCCUGUUUCCACUCCCUCUAUCCAUUACGUAUGAUCGUCACUCUUUUCUCCUUUAUCAUUCCAUAUACUAUCUCUCAUCCUUAAUAUACCUUAGCACAUAAAAAGAUCUUUCAUUGGUGACUUUCUUUAAUCAAUCAUUCCUUUUUCUUUUUUUUUAACAUAUAUAGAUGACAAUUGAUCGAUAUAUGUUAUUGAUACUUGUCCAAAUAAUCAUACAAAAACUUGGUGACAUCAUCUUCCUUGAAUUAUUUGAUAUAUAAGUGGAGGAAAACAAUCAGGCAAAUGCCUCAACGGACAUGAAACAUUGGCUGAUUAAUGGGGGUAUACAUUUUGAGAACUGUAGAGAUCAAAUUUUUAUUACUAGUUGUAUGGAUUCAGCAUAUGCUGGUACUUAAUGGCUUGGGCAAGUAUAAUUUCUUUAGCAGGAUUACAUUGCUUAUCACGUAUAAUUUCUGAAGCAGGGUUAGGUAGCUGCAAUUUAAGCUUCCCACAUGCACUUAAAGACUAAUUAGGUUUUCCUUCCUUAUUUGGUUCACCUGUUUAAAAUUUAUAGCGGGGUUAAGAAACCAGCAAUUGGGCCAAAUCUGAAAAAAGUCUUCUCUGGUUAGUUACAAUGAGCGGAGUAAAGUAGAAUUUGCCUAAAAGGAGAAACGCGUUUGUGAUUUUCUUUACCUGAAAUGUUGCUCAUCAUUUGUCCUUUACUAAAAGUAAAGAAAAGAGCUGGCUGGCAACUUUUCCUCGAUGUUUCCACUUAUCAAUUGAAAUGGUUUUGGUUAGAAAGUGGUGGUAGAAAGCAGAGGCAGGACUUCUGCUGAGAAAGGGCAUGGUUUAUGUUAAUUGCCAAUGGAAUUUCUGCCGUUAUUGGGUAAUACCAAUAGAAUGGUGGGACGUUGUGCAGUCGUGCAAUGCUAAACCAGGAGGUUGUGAGUUCGAAUAUGUCGAUAGUGUUUUGGUUGAAAAAAUAGCGGAAGUUAUGUAUCCAGUAGGUAAGGACGGACAUUGUCUUGCUAAAGCUAUAUAUGACUUGAUAGCUCUUGACAGGAAAGAGUAUUGACAUACAUGAGCUUUUCCUUUGGUACAUUCCAAAGUAAGAGGCUGUUACCUGCCUUGUUUAAUAUCCCAGGGGCUGCUGAAUCAUGUUAUUUUAUUUGCAUAUAAAUGAAAUAAAUGGUUUUGCUGUUGUUUUUUUUCUUUAAACUUGUUUUGUUUUCCUUCUAACAGUGUGUGAUAUUCAUCUACCUUCCUAGAUUGUGACAAUGAUUCUAGCAUUUGUUUUGGAUACUAAAAAUUGUUGAUUGAGAUGAUAUAGCCAUAGAUCUAAGCUCUAGCUUGACCUUGGGGGGUCUGUCAAUAUUGUGAAACUAGUGCAUAUUUACCGGUCAAUUCGUAUUGAAAUGUGCAGCUUGCAAAGGUGGAUCAACCCUCAUGACCUAGAUAACGAGGCACUUGCUUUUAAGCCUGUAAUAGGUUCCAUGCUUUCAAGGAUUUACCACAACCCUCAAAAUAAGGAGGAAAAUCAGUCACAAUUACCAAAAAUUUUGCAGUUUUGGGCCUCCAAGGAAGUUUAUGAUCAAGAUACCAUUCUUGGGCUUGAGAAUGAGAUGAUGGGGGGAUCAACAACAAACUUAUUUCUUGUGCCUCCAAGGGACUUAUCUGCUGUUUCAACAGAUCAUUUGACCAUUUCAGGACCAUCACCCCAGGUGUCAAACCAUAAUACCUUACAGUGGCAGCCUCAUAAGCUAAGUUUGGUGCCAAAUUUACCAGAUCUAGAACAUCCUGAUAAACAAGUUUCUCCCCUAGCAGCCAUGCCACCAUCGGUAGCAACACAACAAUUUCUUCCUAAUUCAGUUCCUUCUGGUGGUUUUGUUGGGUCCUUGCCAAUCCCAUCUUCCGGUCAACAAGCAAAUCAACAACCUGCGUCCCAUAUAUUGCCAGGACCGACUGCUAAUGUUGGUGAAAAAUUACCUCCAUAUCCUUUGUUUCCACCUGGUCUUACUCCUGAAAUGGUCAGAAAAAUGCAGAUCGGUAGUGGGGUGCCUUACUCUCCCAUGAGCCCUUUGGAUAUCCCUACUGUAAUACCACCCUCCAAUGUAUCUCCAUCUGAAAUUCUUGAGAGUGUCAAAAUUCUUUAA